ACAAAACCGGUGUCUGCUUGACUCACCACGUCCUGCUCUGCACCAUGGGGAAGGACAGGCUGCUCAGCAAACCAAACAUCUUCCUUCUUCUCCUCUUCUUCCUUCCUGGAAACACCUCAUCCACCACAGAACCGCAGUACAUGGUGCUACUACCUUUUCUGAUACGCACUGGUGCUCCUGAGAAAAUCUGUGUUCAGCUGACCCACCUGAAUGAGUCUGUGAUGCUGAGUGCCACGAUGGAGUACCAAGGGGAAAACAGGAGCUUGAUUGAUGAUAUGGUGUCAGAGAAGGAUUUGUUCACAUGUAUCCCUUUCUCUUUUCCGAAAUCGAAUAGUACAUCAGCAGCACUUCUCACUGUGCUGGUGAAAGGGGCAACACUGGAGUUCAAGAGCCGCAAGUCAGUGCUGGUCAAGAGUUCUGAGAGUUUGGUCUUUGUCCAGACAGACAAACCCAUUUACAAGCCUGGACAGACAGUUCUGUUUCGGAUCAUCUCUCUGGAUGAAGAAUUCCAUCCCCUGAAUGAGAAGUUUCCGUUUGUCUAUGUUCAGGAUCCUCAGAAGAACCGUGUGUACCAAUGGCAGGGGGUGGAACUAGAGACUGGCCUUAUACAGCUUGCCUUCCCCCUCACCUCUGACCCCAUCCAUGGCUCCUACAAAAUAGUCGUGCAGAAGAGCUUGAUGUCUCAUGUAGAACAUUCCUUCGGUGUGGAGGAAUACGUGCUGCCCAAGUAUGAGGUGUUGGUGAAGCUGCCCAAGCUGAUCACUAUUGAGGACAAGGAGUUUCCAGUGUCUGUCUGUGGUCUAUACACAUAUGGGAAACCUGUUCCUGGUUUGGUGAAUGUCCAAGUGUGCCGGAAAUUUUCCCAUUCUAGUUCAAACUGUUAUGGGAAAGAAGCAGAAGCAGUAUGUGAGGAAUUCACUAAGCAAGCAGAUGCUCAUGGGUGUGUCUCUGAUGUAGUAAGGACCAAGAUAUUUCAACUCCAGCACAGAGGAUACGAGAUGAGCAUUGAGGUGCAAGGCAAGAUCAUAGAGGAUGGCACAGGAAUAGAGAUGACCGGAACAGGCUCCUGUGAAAUCACAUCCAUCAUGAGUAAAGUCAGCUUUGAGCUGUUGGGCUCUUAUUACAGACCAGGGAUCCCACUCUUUGGGAAGGUGAAGCUGGUAGAUGGGACUGAUGCUCCAAUCGCCAAUGAAACCAUCAUAAUUUCUGUGGAUGGAGACAGAUACAAAGGCAAUUACACUACAGAUGAGCAGGGACAAUCUUGGUUUUCCAUAGACACUACCACCUUCACAGAAGUCUCCUUGGAAAUACAAGCUGAUCAUAAACCUGAACUAAACUGUUAUGACAGCAACUGGGUCACGCCUUCAUACGAGCAUGCAGUGCAGAGAUUAAGUCGAUUUUACUCCCCCAGUAAGAGCUUCCUCAAAAUUGAGCCCAAGCCUGAGACAUUAAGCUGUGGCUGCACCACAGAGAUCCGGGUGCACUAUAUCUUCACACCAGAGGCCAUAGGAGAGCAGAAGAAAGUCGUCAUUUACUAUUUGGUAAUGGCCAAGGGAGGCAUUAUGUUAGCAGACACCCAUGAUCUGACUGUGAAUCCUGGAAAGGCUUAUGGGACAUUUCUGUUGACCUUUCCUGUGGAGGCAGCAAUUGCUCCUCUGGCACGGAUGCUCACGUACACCACUUUACCCAGUGGGGAAGUCAUCACCAGUUCAGCAGAUUUCCAGGUUGAAAAUUGCCUCCCCAAUAAAGUCAGCUUGCAUUUUGCAUCUCAGGAGGGUCUCCCCUCGUCCAACAUGCGCUUGCAACUGCAUACCUCACCAAGGUCCCUGUGUGCCCUCCGUGCUGUGGACAAAAGUGUUCUCCUUGUGAAGCCAGAAGAUGAGGUCUCUGCCAGCUCCGUGUAUGAUCUGCUCCAGCUGAAGGAAAUCCGGGGCUAUAGGUUCAAGGACUACUAUCUGGAAGAAGACAGUGCAAACCCUUGUGUGUCACUUGACAAUAUAUUAUUAAAUGGAUUCCUCUACACACCCAUUUCUCCUGAUGGUGAAGGAGAUGCCUAUGACAUUCUCAAAGAAUUGGGCUUAAAAGUCUUCACUAGCAGCAAGAUCCAUAAGCCUCAAAUCUGCCAGCGUUACACAGGACACAUGAUGGAAAGGAGUUACAGUGGUUCUAUCAGUGCAUUGGGACUGGUUGAAGAUUCAGACUAUACAAUGAUGAAACAGAUUGAUAUUGGUGAACCUGUGGAGACCGUCCGGAAGUAUUUCCCUGAAACAUGGAUCUGGGAGGUAGUUUCAGUGAACUCAGAAGGAAAUGCUGAACUAGAUGUAACCAUCCCUGACACCAUCACCGAAUGGAAAGCCAAUGCAUUCUGCACCUCAGCAGAUGCUGGCUUUGGCCUGUCCCCGACCAUGUCCCUCAGAGCCUUCCAGCCCUUCUUCGUAGAGCUCACCCUGCCCUACUCUGUGGUGCGUGGUGAAGUCUUCGUGCUGAAAGCCACUGUUUUCAACUACCUGGCAGCCUGCAUCAGGGUCAGCGUGUCUCUAGCUAAAUCUACUCAUUUCCUGGCUACUCCAGUGGAGAAGGAAGAAGAAUCUUAUUGCAUCUGCAUAAAUGAAAGGAAAACUGUGGCUUGGGCAGUAACACCAAAAUCUCUAGGACAGGUGGAGUUCUCGGUGAGCACUGAGGCUCUGCAGGACAAGCAGCUCUGUGGGAAAACAGUAGUGGAGACACCUGAGAAAGGACGGAAGGACACAGUGAUCAGGCAGCUGCUAGUGGAGCCAGAAGGGACUGAGAUGGAAACUACCUACAAUUCCGUGCUUUGUGCAUCUGAAAAGUCAACGUCAGAGCUAGUUGCCCUGGUUCUCCCAGAGAAUGUGGUGGAUGGCUCAGCCAGAGCAUAUUUCUCAGUGCUGGGCGACAUCAUGGGCACUGCCAUGCAGAACCUGCACCAGCUUCUCCGCAUGCCAUUUGGCUGUGGGGAGCAGAACAUGGUCCUGUUUGCACCCAACAUCUACAUCUUGGACUAUCUGAACAAGACAGAGCAGCUGAGUGAGGAGGUCAAAUCCAAGGCCAUUGGAUACUUAGUGAGCGGUUAUCAGAGGCAGCUGAACUACAAGCACCCAGAUGGCUCUUACAGCACCUUUGGACCACGUUAUGGCCAACCAGGAAACACCUGGCUCACAGCCUUUGUCCUCAAGUCCUUUGCCCAGGCCCGGCCUCACAUCUUCAUAGAUGAGAAGCACAUCCAGGAUGCCUUGGUCUGGCUCUCCUACAAACAGAGGGAGAAUGGCUGUUUCCGCAGUUCUGGGACACUCCUGAACAAUGCCAUGAAGGGUGGAGUGGACAGUGAGGUCACGCUGACAGCCUACAUCACUAUUGCAUUGCUGGAGAUUCCUCUGCCUGUAACUCACUCCAUGGUGCGUAAUGCUCUCUUCUGCCUGGAGACGGCAGCAGAUGAGAAAGGAAGCCAUGUGUACACCAAGGCAUUGCUGGCAUAUGCCUUCACCCUGGCCAGGAAGGAGGAGAAGCGGAAGGCGCUGCUUGGCUCACUUAAAGAGGAAGCUGUGAAAAAGGAUGGGUCUGUUCAUUGGCAGAGGCCUGGGAGAGAGCCAGAGGUUGAUCUCCCAUACUAUCACUACCGAGCUCCCUCUGCUGAAGUGGAGAUGACAGCCUAUGUGCUCCUUGCUCACCUCGCCCCACAGCCUGCACCUUCCCAGGAUGAGCUGUCAUUUGCAUCACUUAUUGCAAAGUGGAUCAUCAGUCAGCAGAAUCCCAAUGGAGGCUUCUCUUCCACCCAGGACACUGUGGUGGCUCUCCAAGCCCUGUCCCUGUAUGGAGCUGUCACCUAUGCCAAGAGUGGAGCAUCUUCCAAAGUGACCCUGCGAUCUGGAGGGGACUUCCAGCAAGACUUCCAAGUGGAUCCCACAAACCGGCUGCUGCUCCAGCGCGUGCCACUGCCCACAGUGCCCGGGGAAUACAGCACAGAGGUGUCCGGUGAAGGAUGCAUCUACCUGCAGACAAGCCUGAGGUACAACGUGCAGCCCUCGCAGGAGAAUGCACCGUUCAUGCUCCAAGUGCACACAAUCCCAGAGACGUGUGAUGACUUGAAGGCUCACAAGAUCUUUGACAUAGCCAUAAAUGUCAGUUACACUGGGGAGCGCAAUGUCUCCAACAUGGUGAUUGUUGACGUGAAGAUGCUGUCAGGAUUCAUCCCUGUGAAGUCCUCAGUGAGGAAGCUGGAAGGCAACCAGCUUAUUGAGCGUACAGAAUUGAGUACCAACCAUGUCCUAGUGUAUCUGGAGAAGCUGAGUAACACGACCCUGAACUUCUCCUUUGCGGUGGAGCGGGACAUCCCCGUGCAGGGCCUAAAGCCAGCUCAAGUGAAGGUCUAUGACUACUAUGAGACAGAUGAGUUUGCUGUUGAGGAAUACAAUGCUCCCUGCACCACAGAGCAAGUAGAUCAGGGCAAUGCAUGAGGAAUAUUCCAAGCUGCUGGACCCCCAAUGGCCUCACCGCCACCACCAGCCAGGCUGAGGGGAUAGGAUGGAGUGACAUGGAAAUAACUGCAAGGAAUGUGGAAUGAACUUUACAAAUAAAUUAACAGUACUGACCAAUGAUUUUAGAACAGUUUAUUCCCAAUCCUGUUUCCUCCUGCUUAGCCUCCAGUCACAUCUUUAAUCUCCCUGGCUUUUUAAGAUGAAGAGCAUCACACUUAGCCACACUUCUAUGAAGAGCAAGAAGGCUGACAGGUUAAAAAAAGAGAUAGAGGAGAAUGAUGUAAGUUGGGUUCCGCCUCUCUUAUAUUGCCCUCUCGGUGUUAUGUACUCUAAACUUAUCAUCUGAGAUCCUGUCUAAUCAAUGGAGGACAGGUACUUCUUGAGAAAAAAUUCUCUCCCUUGUCUUAGGCACCAUGACUUAGCUGAAUUGUUCUCUGCAGGUGCCUGACCAUGUCUCCUGCCUGGAGGCAGGCUGGAUGGCUAGCUAAUGUUAGGUGAAAUUAAAUCUCUCUGCUGUGCCCAGUAGACACCCCUUGCAGGAUUGUUUCCUGUUUGUAAAAAAGUGGGAGGAGAUACACAGUCUGCACUCUUCUGUGUAUAUAAAGAUUAGAGUGUGCAUGAGGAGGUUGUACAAGUGCAAAUGGGUGCAUGCAUGCAUUAUGCCUUCAGAUGCUAAUUUAUAAUGGCCUGUCCUCCAGCUCAAGCUUGGUCCUUCUUAUGAAAACUUCCAUAUUUCAUGCCUGCUGUUUCUGGAAGAUUCCCAGGCAGUCAUGGGUAAACACUUGUGUGGCAAGUAGGUUGGCCUAGAAGCAUUUUCCAGUAACCUACCUACCUAAGUCUAGUUUAAAUGACUCAUUUAUUUAAAUUACUGAGUUGCUUUGAGGAAACUGUCCAUAGUCCUCUCACAGUUAGAUGUCACCAGGAACGUUCCCAUUUUCUUGGUUUUGUCACAUUCAUUUCUGCUUUUAACCUUUUGAAUGGCAUGGAGAAUCUUCCUGUAUGACUGUGUUUAUUCUCAUUAAAUGCUUAUUGCUGGUUAUCAUGACUUAUUGUGUACCCAAAGUAUGCACAGCUAGUUGUUACAUCCAAUCUGGUCUUAGUUUGCCCAUCCAAACAGUAUUAUUCAGAAAAAAUAAAGUUCUUCAUAUAUUUCGCUAGAUUUUAAUAUUA